GGCGGCGCCAAAGCUGCAAAGGGCGGGCGCGGGCCGGGGGUUCCCUCGGCCCCGCCCCCGGUGCUCCCCCGCCACGUGACCGGGACGCGGCGCCGCGCCGGGGGCGAUGCCCGGCGGGAAGCGGAAGAGACUUUGGAAUGCAGAACGUACACCAUUCCCAGAUGAGACACCCCUAGGUCUGAAAAAAUCGAAUGUCAGGACAUCAGUAUCUGUUGCUUCGAUUUCCAAUGCAUGGCUUAGGUGUGGGGAUGGUUUUGAGAGCGCUUCAGUGCUGGAGUCCCAGAGGCCUUCUAAUAAGAAAUCCAGGAUUAAGAAGCAUCUUGGACCACUGUUAACAUCUGCUGAAAGUGGAUCUAGAGCUGCUGCUGCUGAAAGCUCUAAGGAAGCUGAGGACAUAAUAUGGACCUCUAGUGGCAGUGAUUUUUCAGAUGACGGAACUAAAACAUUGAUUCCAAAGUUGCACAGCAAAAAAAGUGACGCUUCUAAAACAGAGGAAUUGCCUAGCAGAUGUGAUUUAUUGUUAGAGGACAGAAGUAGUGAAGAUGAAUGGAAGCUUAUUGACUGGGAAAAGGAUACUGAUUCCACUGAUCAGUGUGAUGGGUCAGAAAAAGAGGACAUCCCAGUAGAGAUAUCAGACUCGGACUCUUGUGCAAAUACUAAUUCUCUGCCUGUCAAAGAGGAGAAUGAUGAGCUUUGUAAGGCAAUUUCGACAGAAAUAUCUGAGUACUCCUCUGAUAAUGACAGCCUGGGAGAAGGAGAGGUGACCCUGGCAACCACUACUCCAGGAUCCAGUAAGGGAUUACAGCCAGGGCCAGGAGGGGACACGGGGGAUGUCACAGCACGACCGGCCAGCGAGUGGCUGAAGUCAGCACAGGCCCUUCUCCGCACCCCAGGGAAGCAGGCGGGAAAGGCCCCCAGAGCCCCCACCGAGUCUGCCAAGAAGAGGAAGCUACUGAGAGGCGGGCUAGCUGAGAGGUUAUGUCGGCUCCAGAACAGAGAAAGAUCUGCCAUUAGCUUUUGGAGGCAUCAGUGUCUUUCAGAUGACAAUAUCCCCUCAGAUAAAUCUGGUGUUUUGAUUGUGAAGAUCUUAGAAAUAUUUGAGGAGUGCACGAUACAAGUUGCCAUCUGCCAGCAGCUGGAACAGUCUCCUGCUACGCUUUCGCCCGAGGAUGCUGUCAUCAAUGAAGAGGAACCAAUACUCAAAGUCCUCUUCACAAGAGAGACAGCAGCUCACCUGAAGAGCAGACCACGGGAUGUCAUCCACAUCUAUCCCCCAUGGCAAAAACUGCUUCUCCAAAAUGCAGAUGUUCCUGUUAUCAUGAACACCUACUUUAGCCAGAAGGUGCUACGCAGUGAACAUUCAGAAACCAGAGAGAAGACAUAUGGUCUUACAAAGACGCUUAUCAGGAAGAAUAUUAUAUCUUUGGCACAGACCUUCAGACUUGAUGACGUCGAUGAUAAGUUACAGCAGGAAUCUUCAGAUAAUCAGGUUCCUUGCGCUCCACAAACCCGUAACAACAGUGAUUCAAAACGGCAUCCCUUAGCGCUGAGUGCUGUUAAUGAUUCUCUGCUUGAAAUGGUGGAAAGCCAGGGAGCAGUGGGAUGGAGAGAAGUGCAAGUACAAGUCAUUAUCCAAAGGGUGUACUGUUUGCCUGCAAGAGAAGGGUACAGGAGCCACGCUCAAGGAAACAAGCCUCUUUGUGCAGCACCCGUCACGAAUUCAGAUCCACCAAAUAUUAGGUUAUGCCUCCUUGUCCAGGAUGCCUAUGGCAUGUUCAGUGAAGUGCAGCUGCAGUCCCUGAGUUCCACAGAUGACAUCGAGCAGUACUGCAGGAGAUGGGAAGGAAAAUCUUGCUGCUUAGCUGGAAUGAAGAUUUUGCAGAGAACUACAAGAGGAAGGGCAUUAGGACUGUUUAGUCUGAUAGACAGUCUGUGGCCUCCAGUAGUGCCUGUAAAAGUUCCUGGACAAAGUCAAGACUCUGAAAUGAUGACAACUAAUCUUCCUCCUCCCAGCUUCUGUUACAUUCUUACUGUUCAGUCUGGUGAAAUACAUGUGGAAGUGGAUGAGGAAGAACAGAUUUCUAAUUUGUACCAGCCACCAGCUGUUCAUGGUCUCAAGGAAAUUCUUCGGAUUGAUGGUUGUAACGAGCGGUGUAGCUUCUGGGCCCAAGUGCUCUAUCAAAGGCUGCAGACAAAACACAGUGUUCCUAUAGAUCAAAGAGAAAUGUUGUUGUUUGUGACUGACUCCACACUGCAAAAUGUGGUUCAUGGGAUUCCAAAAGUUGUUGCUGUGUCAGUCACUGCAUCGUGUGUUCUCAGUAUGGAAAUCAUAGAAGCCCUCAGUGCUGGCUCACAACUUGUCUUCUUCAAGGAUGCUCUCUGGGGAAAUGGUAGGAUUAUUUGUGUUGAACGUACUGUUCUCCUAUUACAAAAGCCUCUUUUGUGCUCGGCUGCCGGUGCUGACCUCAGUGAGCUGACUGGCCCUGUCAGACUCGAUGAGCUGGAUUCUACAACGCAGGCCAGCUCCAUUUGUGCUCUCAGAGGUACUGUUGUUGGAGUUAAUGAGAGCACUGCUUUCUCCUGGCCUACAUGCAACAGAUGUGGCAAUGGAAAGUUGGAAGUGUGUCCCCAGGACAGAGAAUUGCUAUAUUGCAACCAGUGCUCUGAAGUUGUCACAACACCGGUUUUGAAAAUGCAGCUGGAAGUCUUCUUGAGUUGUCCAUCCCGAUCUCAAAGUACAGUAAAAGUAAAGCUGUUGCAAAGGACAAUCUCUUCUCUCCUGAUGUCCUCUGCCUGUGAGGAUGGGACUUACGAGGUGCAGAGCGUGCUGGGAAAGGAGGUGGGGUUAUUGAGCUGCUACGUCCACUCCAUAACCAGUCACCCCAACUGUGUUGCGCUGGAGGAAAUUGUUCUUCUGGAAGCUGCAGCAAGACAGAGUUGAACUCUAGUCAGCUAUUAUAGUAUCUGUGGACUUUGUAGUGUGAUUAUCUGUUAACUAGUGCCACAGAUAAUGUAUAAUGCAAGUGUGAUAAGCAUUAAGAUAGUUUAUUAAAACUGUGAUUUAUAAAGCACAUUGUGCUAACACUGAAAAAAAAAUCUAUAUAUUGUUCAACUUUCUGAACUCUUCUUUUUCUGAUCAGUGCAGAAUCUAAGAAUACAGUUCUUUGUUGUGUUUGCUGUUACGUAAUGUAAAACAUCUUUUUCUGGAUGUUCUGAAUGGUUGUGAUUUAUUUUUAAUAAUUCUGUAUUUAUUAUGUGUCAAUGGAAAACAUUUUACUGAUAUUUUUGAAAUAAAUACCAUGCUGUGGCAGUUGGUUUCAGCUGAGUUUUAUCAGUGUAUCCCAGACCUGCUGCGAAACGCUGCGUGGUAUGUCAAUUCUGAGUUAACGCUUUGCAAUAGUUGUUAUAAAGACAGAGAUUUGAACACAUAUAAAGUUAAUGUUUUACAGCUAAUUGGUCUCUCAGCAUAGAAGUUGUGUGUUAUCUGUAGCUUCCCACAAAGCAGGUGUUUCACUGUAGUUUCUUUUAUGGGUAAGCAGCAAACUGCGUUGUAGGCCACGCAACAACCUCCACUCAGACUGUGGAGGCUACAGAUCAGAUAAAUGCCAAAAUCUUCCUCUGUGUGCAUUGCAAGAAUUAAUAUAAGAAUUGGAGACUGCAUGGUUCCCCCCCCCCUUUACUCUUCCACAGUGUUUAAAAGCCCCUUACAGGUCAGAGGAGGAGGAACGAGUGGUUUAGUGCAGGUCCCAUGUGUGAUUAACCAGCAGAGAAGGAACAGCAAACUUGCCACACUGGUCAUUUCUGCGGCUCAUACCAAUCGUGAAAAGUCUUACGGAUGUCACAAUUACUAAAGAAAUUACCCAGCUUUUGAAUUCCCCAUUUUUCCCCUCCUCCUCCAAGCAUUUCAGUCUCUUACCUACCUUCCUAUAAGGAAAAAGGAGAUGACAGCCCAUUCCUGUGUAUCUGUGUGUGAUGCUGGGGUUGCCCCUUCAAAACCAUUUAAGACUUGAAUGAGAAAGCUGGAGGUGCUUUUUGUGUCAGGCCAUUUUUCUGCCAGUGCCCUAGAGAUGCUGUAGGUGCUCUGACGCUGCACUAGUGAUAUUUGGACAAGCUGCCCGAUCUUCUGUGAUCUGUUCGCUCAGCGAUGAGCAGCAGCGUUGCCUUGCCGCUCUGUCACUAGCAGGGAUCAGCGAAAGUCUUUGCGACCACUGACUCUGUGAUGAGCAGCAGUCGCCCACUCUCGCUUUCACUAGCCAGGGUCAGUGAAAGUGUCCAUCUCCUGCAGUGGGCUGAAGCCUGAGGGUGCAUCAACACCUCCGAGACUCAAUCCAGCUGCUAUGGAACAUGUUAGUGUAGGUGCAACUUUGCAUUAUCUAGAAUGGAAACCCCUUGGAAGUUUUUUUAACAAGAAUUGUAACUAGUGGUAUUCUUGUAAUGGUGUUCUUCUAGUCCUAUUUUUUUUUCUAUUUCUUUCAGGUAUAGAAUACGGUAUUUCUGGCUCACAGAGCAGUCUCUCUUGCUGUGCAGCUGCUCGGUCCCACCAGCGCCACGGCAACCCCUGACUCAGCACUCCCGCUCAGCGAUGCGGCUCCGGGGGGAGCAGACUUCGCAGCCACCGCGGCUGAGGGGUCUCACGGUUGUUCCCACCCCUGCAUCGCUCUCUGGAUGCUUUGGGAAGUAACGCAGUCCCCCUCGCCCCGCGCUUGCCCUCACCUCCCCUCUCGGCCCCUGGGACCCCUUCUCCGU